AACCCACACAAGUCGAGUUCCCACUUCCGACUUUCUAGUCUCCACCUUUGAAGUCCUUCUGCUCCCCCAUAAUCUAUCAGCUAACCAUCCCAAUUGAAAGCAUCAACACCACUUCUUGCGCCCGACCUCUACCUUCAGCUGUUUGACGCCCCCGACGACCCUUUUUCUCGCAUGUCACCAUCGGCCCGCUCCCUCGCCUCGCACGAUCAGCGCUUACGCCUUCCGCUUUCCGCCAUGGGGCCGCGAGUCGCGGGUAUGCCUUCCCUCGCGGCGAGGUUGUUCCUCCUGGCCUGCCUGGCGCUCCUGCUCCCGCUGUCGCACGGUAAGUGGGUGAGCCAUCUGCCAUCUUAUCAAGCGUACGAGCAGCGUCUCUCAUUGGCCGAAAAGUCAACGACCUGGACAAUAACGAAAGAGGUGACCGAUGACUCUGUUGACUCCGUUUACUCCACUGAAGAAGCCGCCUACUCGAACGAGGUGACCCAAGAGUCCUCACGCCAAAGCGCGCCAAGUCGGCCGUCGGCGUCCCCUCUGCUGCGCGGAUCUGCGCUGGUCGCAGCGGCUGCCGCGGAAUCUCUCUCCCGGGGGACUCGAGAGGCGGCUGACGCGCGGCUGGCCAGAGUAGCAACUGCGGCGGAGAGAGAGCGCAAGGCGGAGGGGGGUGAAUGGGACGAGGAGGGGGGGGGACGGAGUGCGAUGUGAGGGAAGGGAUGCGACUGAGAGAGGGCACGCAGGCGCGCCGGCCGCACAUAGCCCGAGUGCUGCAUCGUUUAUCUACACCUUCUGGCAGAAGAGAGGCCAGGAAUAUCCUCGUUACAAGCUAAACAGCAUCAUCCGUGCAAGGUCCUCUCUCGUAGCGGCUUCGUAUGGUGUAGAGCAGCGACCGUGGAGGUGUGGUUGUGCAUUUUUUAGGCGCCUCAAGAAUAGCCGUGGAGGGGUGGUUGGGCAGCAGUAAAAAGCAGCAGACCACCGCCCAGCAAGAGACGCAGACUGUACGCAAAGUAAAUAGCGGCGCUAUGGUAGAACCCGCAGCAGCAACAGCCGAAAGAAUCUUUCCGACAAUAAGGUGUGCCAUAGCAGCAGGUGCUGCCAGCCAGGGCCCCACAUGCUCUCACUAGGGUUGGCAGUUUAGCAGGGGCAGUGUGCAGGCAGCAUGGAAGGGAAGCACGCGUACGGCGCCACUGUGUGUUUUGUUGGUAUGGGUCAAGGCGUAGACUUGAGCCCCGCACUACGACUGCACCAUGAACAUUAUUCUGUUCGGCCAGAUGGCAUGUGUCGUAUUAUCGAACAACCUCCCUCCCCCCCCCCCCAGCAACACAUGGCUCUUAGAGCGUGUUCUUACCAGCCUCUUCCCAAGCAACCUCUUCCCAGACUCGCGUGCUACAGUGUCGCAAAUUUUGACGCGAAAUGUUUCAGUGCGAUUCCGCGAAGUGCGAAGUGAGAUUCAGCUUCCCGAGAUUCAGGGGCGUGUUUUAAAACCUCUUUUCAGACGAGCAGAUUUUCAGACAAGCGCGAAUCUGCUCAUUAAAUUUUCGACGCCAGCUGGUUUUAUGUGGUUGAGAGUGAUGGAACGCAAAUAUGAAACGGGAGUAUUCCGAAAAGUGGUCCUGGGAACACGCUCUCAAGGUCGCGCGUGAGUCUGGGAAGAGGUUGCCUGGGAAGAGG